AAUAAGAAAAUGGAGAAUGGAUUAUGAUUAUAAAGUUAAAACUGCUGCUGAAAGAGCGAAAGUUGAAGACCUCUUUGAAUAUGAAGGCUGCAAAGUCGGACGUGGGACCUAUGGACACGUAUACAAGGCAAAGAGCAAAGCCAGUCCUGAUAGUAAAGAGUAUGCUUUAAAACAAAUUGAAGGAACUGGUAUAUCUAUGUCAGCAUGUAGAGAAAUUGCAUUGCUACGAGAAUUGAAACAUCCUAAUGUUAUCAGUCUUCAGAAAGUCUUUCUUUCACACACAGAUAGAAAAGUUUGGCUUUUGUUUGAAUUUGCAGAACAUGAUUUAUGGCACAUCAUCAAGUUUCACAGAUCAGCUAAGGCCAACAAGAAACCUGUACAUAUACCUCGAAAUAUGGUGAAAUCACUGAUAUUUCAAAUAUUAGAUGGUAUUCAUUAUUUACAUGCAAACUGGGUGCUACACAGAGAUUUGAAGCCUGCAAAUAUUCUAGUCAUGGGCGAAGGCCCAGAAAGAGGAAGAGUCAAGAUAGCUGAUAUGGGAUUUGCUAGAUUGUUUAACUCUCCAUUAAAACCACUUGCUGAUUUAGAUCCAGUUGUUGUAACAUUUUGGUACAGGGCUCCUGAAUUGUUACUUGGAGCAAGACAUUAUUCAAAGGCUAUUGAUAUAUGGGCUAUAGGUUGUAUAUUUGCUGAAUUGUUGACAUCAGAGCCAAUAUUUCACUGUCGACAAGAAGAUAUAAAGACUAGUAAUCCUUAUCAUCAUGAUCAACUAGAUCGAAUAUUUAAUGUAAUGGGCUUUCCACAGGAAAAAGAUUGGGAAGAUAUAAGAAAGAUGCCUGAACAUCAAACAUUGAUGAAAGAUUUUAAAAGAUCUACGUAUGGUAAUUGUAAUCUAAUGAAAUACAUGGAAAAACAUAAAGUCAAGUCAGAGAGUAAAGCAUUUAGCCUGUUGCAAAAAUUAUUAACUAUGGAUCCCACAAAGAGGAUGACAUCAGAAUUAGCUAUGAAAGAUCAGUAUUUUCUGGAAGAUCCCGUUCCUUCACAAGAUGUUUUUGAAGGUCUUCCCAUUCCAUAUCCUAAAAGAGAAUUUAUAAGUGAUGAUGACAAUGAAGAUAAAUCUGAUAAUAAGAAUAAUGCUAAUACAAACCAUUCCGACCAACCACCGCAGAAAAGAGUAAGAGUUAUGCCCCCUGUUACUACCAGUAGUAGUAAUAUGGUAUCGGGAGAGUUUCAAUCCGCAUAUUAACAUAGAAGCUUUUGACUCAAACUACACCAUUUUCUUUUAAAACACAUGUUCACAAUAUGCAGUCUGGAUCACAGCAACAAGGGAUGAACUUUUCUUCCAGUAAUGCGUCACAAGGAUCAGCCUCAUCUGGAUACAGUCGAUUUUGAUAAUUCAUCAAAUAGUUAUUAUUCACUCCACUAUAUUAAAAUGCAUUUAUAUUAAUAGUUGUUAUGAUUAUCAUACAUUACAUGUUAUUAAAAAUGUUGAAUGGUGUAAAUUAAGCUCAACUAAAAUUUUUGUGUGUGGAUUAGUGAUGUAAAGUAUUUACAUGAUACGUUUGUAAUUCAUUUGCUUUUGGUCAUGUCUUAUACUUAGAGAAACAUAUAUGUAUUAAAAUUGGCUCACAUGUCAGUUUAUUCUGCACUGAAAAAUGAUAGUGCACUCAUUGCAAAAUACAAUAUAUUUAAAGUUUGAGUUGGCAGUAGCACAACAUAAAUAAUAACUAUUUUUGUUACUUUUGUCUGUAGUAGUGUGUAUGUAACUUAUGUUAAACUCUUCCAUGGGGAAUAUCUUGAUUUGUGCACCCCAUCUUUCGAAAUCCUACAUACACCACUUCUAGAACCAGAUAUUCUAAAGAUAUUUAUACUAUACUAAUAUUCAAAAUGUGGUUGGUUCUCUUUCCAUAUUAUUAGAAGUACUAUGUGGAAACUUUUCAUGUUUAUAAAUUCAUAUAUAGAGCUGAAAAUGUUUAAUAAAUUACACUAUAUUAUUUUAAUUGUCAUGUGUGAAUAAGAGAAUCAUGAAUUUAUAAAAUCUUGUGGAUUAUUAUUAUUAUUAUAUGUAUAUACAAUAUAUAUAUUGUAGGCAUGUGUGUUGGAGCCAGAUGACCCUGGUGAAGUGACAUGUAAUAAUAAUAUAGGAUUUUUGUUUUGUAAAUAAUGUAUGUAUGUAUGUUAGUUUAUAUGAAUCAGAAAAAACAA